AUGUCGACGGCGGUGAACAAGUCUGCUCACCCGUUCGAUAAAGCAAAGUUCGAAACUUUGUUGAAUCGUCGGUUCUUCUACGCUCCCGCAUUUGAGAUCUAUGGAGGUGUUGCUGGCCUUUACGAUUAUGGGCCUUCAGGAUCCGCUCUGCAGGCCAACAUCAUCUCCGAAUGGAGAAAGCACUUCGUUGUUCAUGAUGGAAUGUUUGAGUUGGACACGACCAUCUUGACUCCGGCUGCGGUGUUGGAGACGUCUGGCCAUGUUGCGCAGUUUACAGACUGGGUUGUGAAGGAUGCGAAGAGUGGAGCUGUACUCCGUGCCAAAGAUCUUAUCAAAGAGGUUCUCGAAACCAGAUUGGCCGACCCGGUGAACUUCCGAGAAGGCUUCCCUUUCAAUAAGGCAUUCUUGAAACUCGGGGGCAAAGACGGCUCUGCGGAUACUGCACGAGGGUUGGAUGACAAUAUGGCCCAAGAGUAUGAAGGUGUUCUUCGUGAGCUUGACUCCUACGGGGAGCAAGAGCUUGCCGAUAUUCUCAAGAAGCACCGUAUCCGCAACCCUGACACUGACAAUGCAGUCGGAUCCCCCGAACCAUUUGACUUGAUGUUCAAAACCAGUAUCGGGUCUACUGGCCAACAGAGGGUUUAUUUGCGCCCCGAGACGGCCCAGGGCCAAUUCCUCCAUUUUAACCGCCUCCUCGAGCUCAACAAUGGCCGACUACCCUUUGCAUCCGCAUUGGUUGGCCGCGUUUUUCAUAACGAAAUCUCUCCUCGGGGUGGGUUGCUUCGGGUUCGCGAAUUCACGGCGGCGGAGAUCGAGCAUUAUAUGGACCCAGACGACAAGAGUCAUCCAGGAUUUAUGGAAGUGAAAAACGUUCAGAUUGCUGUUCUGGACCGACAUAUGCAGGAAGUGGGACUCCAAGAAGCGAAAAGGCCGAGUGUUGGUGAAGCCGUUUGCAGUGGUCUCGUCGCCAACGAGGCUCUUGGGUAUUUCAUGGCUCGGAUCUGGCAAUUUCUCGUCAACAUUGGCAUAGACAGUGAUCGCCUGCGGUUUCGCCAGCGUAUGGGGAGCAACACAGCUCAUUACGCGGUCGACAACUGGGACGUUGAAAUCCACAACAGUGUCACGGGCUGGAUUCUCUGUGGCGGAUGUGCAGACCGUGCUGCGUAUGACUUGGAUCUUCACAGUGCCAAAACUGGUACACCGUUGGUUGCUCGUCAGGGGUGGCAACUUAAGGUGCUUAAAGUGCUUGGCCCAUACAAAAAAAGCCUUUGGGACAACCGGGAGUGGGCAGAGGAUCAGUACUGGCCAUCACGAGCAUCCAAAUUAUGUAAAAAGAGGUUUGAUUUAGGAGACUCAGAAAAGGAAAACAGCGAACGAUCAGGUCAAGUAGUACUAGUGGAAGGGAUGUUUCUCCGAAGGGAGAAGAGGGUUCGUACAUUAACCGUAGACGAGCGCAAAGUUCGAGAUUGCGUCGGCACGUGCGAGUCAGAGGGGCUAAACUACAAAAUGAUACACUACAUGAGAGCCCCUAACCUGGCGAGCGCGAAUCGUCGAAGUCGGGUCGAGGCAUUGAAGGAUGCCAUCGUGACAGAAAAGGAGACGGUGACAUGGAACAGGCGUCUGCUUGGGAAGACCUACAGAGAGGACGCCAUUAUUCUCCAGAAGUCGGUGGAGGCAAUGGAUGAGUCUCGGUUGGUUAAGCUGAAAGGCGACCUCACUCGUGGAUCUGUUGCAGUCAAGACCGAGGAUGGCAAGGAGUUCACCCUUACAUCCGAGCUCGUAAGCAUUGUGCGGAGGACGCGAAAGCAAUCGAUCCGCCAAUUCACUCCCCACGUUCUCGAAUCAGCUCUGGGUUUCGGUCGCAUUUUAUACUGUCUGCUGGAGCACAGUUUCUCGUGUCGUAAACAGGACAUACAACGGGGGGUUCUUUCUUUACCGCCCAUCGUGGCUCCAACCAAGGUGUUUAUUGUGCCUUUGAGUGCACGCGAGGACUUCGAUCCUCUCGUGGAGGAGAUCGCUUCUAAGAUGCGUAAAUCCGGUGUGGUACCAUACGUUGACGAUUCCAGCGCAUCCAUUGGAAAGCGGUAUGCACGGAACGACGAAUUGGGUACACCCUUUGGCAUUACGGUUGACUUCGCGUCUAUUCAAAACCGGACCGUAACUCUUCGGGAGCGAGAUACUAUGGGUCAGAGAAUUGGAAACGUUGAUCUUGUUGCAGCGAUGGUCGCGGAGCUGGCGAAUGGCACUGUCGAUUGGGAGGAAGCUUGCAGGCGCCUUCCCAAGUAUGAGGGUGUACAGGCAGUGGAGUAA